AUGUCAGAGUCAAGUUUCAGUGAAAAAAAUAGUGAGGAUCUUAAAACUCAGCUUACUCAAGCGGAUAGGGAGAAGCACAUCAACUCAAGAGACGCCGAUAUCACUCUUGCAUUCUUAGAGAAAUACGAUGCCGAAGUUCCUGAAAUAACGCCAGAAGAGGAAAAAAGGCUAUCAAGGAAAGUCGUUUCUAUCAUUCUCUUCUUAACGGCAUUCACUAAUUUGUUGCUCUAUGCAGAUAAGGCAACUCUCUCGUAUUCGUCGAUAUUCGGCAUGUGGGAGGAUACACAUAUGGAUCAGAACAAAUACAACAAUUCCUCUACGCUGUUCUACGUCGGUUAUAUUGUGGGCCAAGUCAACCUGAUAUUGGUCCAAAAAUUCCCCCUCGGGAAAUUAUUAACCAUAACUUCCUUCUGUUGGAGUAUGAUCAUCUUUUUACACUGUACGGCCUUCAAUUAUCAAGGCAUAUAUGCUUUGAGGUUCUUUCUAGGGUUUGUCGAAGGUGUUGCUGUUCCAAUGCUCAACACCACAAUGGGUCAGUUUUUAACUGCACGUGAGAAGGCAGCAACUGCUCCACUGUUCUACUCCACUUGUCUUGGUGUCACCAUUCCUGUUGGGUUUAUUGCUUAUGGUAUCUUGUACGCAAAGUCCUCUGUUCCGACUUGGAAGUUGUUUAUGAUUAUCAUUGGUGGCUGUACGUUCCUGUGGACUAUUGUGAUUUUUUUGAUUUAUCCUAAUAAUCCAACAGAUGCUAAAUUUUUGUCCACAAAGGAAAAGGUUUGGGUUAUUAGAAGAGUCCAAGCUACAACUGGUGCGUCGAUUGAGCAAAAAGUUAUCAAGAAAUAUCAAAUCAGAGAAGCUCUGUUGGACCCAAUUUCUUGGUUAUUUUUCUUCUUUUUCUUGACUCAACAAUUGGCAAACAACCUACCGUAUCAACAAAACCUACUUUUCGAGGGAAUUGGUCGUGUUAACAAUUUGGAUUCUACUUUGGUUUCCGUUGCCUCAGGUGGAUUUGCGGCUGCUUGUUGUAUCGUGGCUACUACUUUCUUAUUUUAUAAACCUGGAUUUACAGGGUUUUCGGUUUUCUUUUGGACAAUGCCAUCAUUGGCUGCUUCCAUUGCCGUUGCUUCGUUGCCUUGGGAUAGAAAGAUUGCACUACUAGGUAUGCUAUGCUUGGCCUCUCCUCUUUUUGGUAUUCCUUUCAUGCUAAUGUUUUCUUGGAAUUCAACAACGUGCUCUGGUUAUACUAAAAAGAUCACCAGAAAUGCCAUGAUUAUGGUUUCCUAUGGUGUAGCGAAUAUCAUUUCACCUCAGCUAUGGAGAUCUAAAGACGCACCAAGAUUUAUACCAGCGUGGAUAGUGCAGAUUGUUCUCUCCUUCUUUUUUGCACCGAUUCUGGCCUUGAUCAUUUGGUAUAUUUUGCAUAGAAGAAACAACUAUAGAAAACACAUUAUUGAAACUGAGGGUAAGGAAAGAGGUUUUGUUAGUGAUGGAUCCAACGGUGAAAUUGAAGUUGACACUGCCCUCUUAGACUUGACAGAUCUGGAAAAUAAAAACUUCAUUUAUCCUUUAUAG